CAGUAGUCUUGGCAGAUGGAGCCACCAUUGUGGCCAAUCCUAUUAGCAACACAUUCAACACGGCUUCUGCAGCAACCACAGUUGUGCAAACCCAUAGCCAGAGUGCCAGUGCCAGCGUGCCAGCCCAGGGCUCCUCCCCGCGCCCGAGCAUCCUCCGCAAGAAACCCGCCACGGAUGGGCUGGCAGUCCGGAAAAGCUUAAUUCCCCCUCAGCCACCGGAGGUGACCAGCACACGUGUGGAGAGCACUAUGCGAAGCACAUCUGGAUCACCAAGACCUGCUGGUGCCAAGCCAAAGCCUGAAAUUCAUGUGUCCAUGGCCACUCCAGUCCCUGUGUCUAUGGAGGCAGUGUCUAACCAAGGCAGUGAGCAGCCCACCAUUGCAGUGCCCCCGACCUCCCAGCAGCCUCCCUCUGCCAUUCCAACCAUCAUCGCUGCAGCCAGUCCCACCUCCCAGCCUGCAGCAGCACUGUCCACCAUUCCAGGGGCUGUCCCAGCUGCUCCACCAACCUCCACUGCCAUCGUGGCAGCACCUGCUCCUGCAUCCACCAUGAGUGGAGCCCUGUCUGCAGUGCUGGGCCCUGCAGUGCCAGAGAUCAAAAUCAAGGAGGAGGUGGAGCCCAUGGACAUCAUGCGACCAGUAUCUGCAGUCCCUCCUUUGACUACAAGUACUGUGUCUCCAUCUUUGGCAUUGCUGGCCAACAACCUUUCCAUGCCUCCAAGUGAUUUGCCACCUGGUGCCUCCCCGAGGAAGAAGCCCCGUAAGCAGCAGCACGUCAUCUCCACAGAAGAAGGGGACAUGAUGGAAACAAACAGCACUGAUGAUGAGAAAUCCACUGCCAAAAGUUUGCUGGUGAAGGCAGAGAAGCGAAAGUCUCCUCCAAAAGAAUAUAUAGAUGAGGAAGGUGUCAGAUACGUCCCGGUGCGGCCCAGGCCGCCGAUCACACUGCUCCGUCAUUAUCGCAACCCCUGGAAAGCUGCUUACCACCACUUCCAGAGAUACAGCGACGUCCGCGUCAAAGAAGAGAAGAAGGCCAUGCUGCAGGAGAUUGCCAACCAGAAGGGUGUGUCCUGUCGUGCACAAGGGUGGAAGGUCCAUCUCUGUGCGGCGCAGCUACUCCAGCUGACAAACCUGGAGCACGAUGUGUAUGAGAGAUUGACUGCCCUGCAGGAGGGACUCAUUCCCAAGAAAAAGGCAGCGACGGAUGAUGACUUGCAUCGAAUCAAUGAACUGAUACAGGGGAACAUGCAGAGGUGUAAACUUGUGAUGGAUCAAAUAAAUGAGGCUCGAGACUCCAUGCUAAAGGUCCUGGACCACAAGGAUCGUGUUUUGAAGCUUCUAAACAAGAAUGGAACUGUCAAGAAAGUGUCCAAAUUAAAGCGAAAGGAGAAGGUCUGAAGACAGACUAAUGACUCUGGCAAUGGAGAACGUGUACAGAAUGGAGUUGAACCUUUUUGUAGUUUGGGUUUAUUUUUAAGCAGAGCAUCUGAAUAAAAAGGAUGAGUUUAGGGAACAGAUGGACACGUGAAGCCUGGUGACCUGGUGGGAUUCUCCCUGAUCUUGUCAUAAUGAACAAAGAUUUCUCUCAGGCUCAUCCCUUUUUAAAGUCUUUCCAGCCCCAUUUGUUUAACCCUCCUGAUGUGUCAGUGCCUACUAAUUGGAACUAGGGAUGCAAUGUGUGGUGGACAGUGCUCUCCUGUUGUGCAGCUUAGGGGUGA